AUGUCUGAUAAGUUAAAGAACGACCCUACUUUACAGUUGAUGACUGUAGAGCAUGAAUCACCAGCACCAAAGGAAAUCAAGCCGGAUGCUCCAAAACUAACAAGAGUAGCAAGACCUUUAAGACACAUUAAACACAUCCCUGUAAAAGCUCUAUGUUUCCAUUCCAAACAGGGUCCCAUUGAAUUUACAUACGAUAAUAAGAUAAAAAUGCCAGUCCCAAAGAAUAAGAUCGUUGUGGAAGUCAAUUAUUUUGCUCUCAACCCAGUUGAUCAGAAGAUUAAGAACGGUUAUGCUUCUGCAAUUUACGGUCAAAUCGGACUCGGUCGAGAAUACAGUGGUGUCAUCACAGAAGUAGGUUCUAACGCUAGUGAGUAUUGGAAUGUAGGUGAUGAAGUUUACGGUAUUUAUUACCACCCUCAUUUGGGCAAAGGUUGCGCAGCUUCAUCUAUAUUAGUUGACCCAUCUACCGAUCCUAUUCUACCAAGACCUUCUUCUCUUUCUCCACAGGAAGCUGCUGGUGCCCUCUGGUGUAUGGGAACUGCUUACAAUAUCAUGUCCUACUUAAAGAAGAACAAAUACUUGAACGAAAACUCUAAUGUUUUAAUUAAUGGUGGUACAUCGUCUGUAGGUUUGUUCAUGAUUCAACUUUUGAAAUACCAUUUAAACCUAAAAAAGAAAUUGGUCAUCGUCACCUCAGGUACUAACUCGGACUACCUAAUGGAGAAAUUUCCAGAUAUAGCUGAAGAAAUGAUUUUUAUCAACUACUUGACUUGUAGAGGGAAGUCAAGCAAGCCCUUGAGACAAAUGAUCAAUGAACAACAAAUAGUUGACUAUGAUGACUCCAAAGGGGAGGUUACUAUACCUUAUACGGAAGGUAAGUUUGAUGUCGUUCUUGACUUUGUCGGUGGCUAUGAUAUCAUUGCUCACUCUAAGGAUUUGAUUAAGACUGGCGGUGCCUAUAUCACAACCGUUGGUGACUAUGUUGCCAACUAUAAAGAAGAUAUAUUCAACUCAUGGGAUAACCCAAGUGCUAAUGCUAGAAAGAUGUUCAGUACCAUGCUUUGGUCUUUCCAUUACCAUCAUUUCUACUUCGAUCCAAGUUCAAAGCUUAACACAAAGGACAGUUGGCUGGUGAAAUGUGGUGAAUUGCUAGAGAGCGGCUUAAUCAAAUGUCUCGUCGACAAGCAGUAUGAUUGGAAAAACUGCAAAGAAGCUUUCUCUUAUAUGAACACACAAAGGGCUAGAGGUAAACUGGUCUUGAAGACUGAGAAGUUUUAA